UAAGUUCCUCACAAAAUUCACUCAUAACAAUAACAACAACAACAAUUCCUACACAAAUUCUUUCAUUAAUAUGGGAUCCAACAUUUCCAAUAUAGAGCCUGUUGUUGAGAGAUCAUCACACCCAUCUCCCAUCCUCACCUUCCAUUCCACAGCUAAAUGGAAGGCUCACUUUGAGGCUUCCAAACAAACAAACAAGCUGAUGGUGAUUGACUUCACGGCUGCAUGGUGUGGACCUUGCAAGCACAUGAAUUCAGUUAUCAAAGAAUUUGCUGCAAAAUACAAAGAUGUUGAGUUCAUUAAGAUUGAUGUGGAUGAGUUAAUGGAGGUGGCAAAUGCAUUUCAGGUGCAAGCAAUGCCAACAUUUAUUCUGAUUAAGAAUGGAAAAGUGGUUGAAAAGGUUGUGGGGGCUAAAAAGGAGGAGUUACAGAAGAUGAUUGAGAAACGUAGGAGGAUUUUGAGUGUGUGAUAAUUAAGUCAAGAUGAGAUGACUCCAUGACAUAUAUUAUAUAGUUAUAUACCAUUUGGAGAAUAAGACUAAUAUAUAAGUUGGUGUUGUUGUUUGUCAUAUGACUAUGUUAGUGUUUGCCAAUAUCCUUUUUUUUUUUUUUUUUUUAAAUC